GUUACCUGCCCUUGAGCGAGAGUUUGAGAUUGUAAACAAACUGUUCACUAUUGCCAAGGACUACAAUGUUAAAGUGACAGAUGAACAACUGGCGCUCUAUCAGACUUUAGGACCAGAUUUCAUCACUUUGAAGAACAUUAUACUGUUUUGUGAUGCAAAGAAGGAUGAAAAUAUUCGAAAGUUCAGCCAGGACCUGGACAUGCUCAUCUACAAAAUCCGCAACAAACUCAUGGACCUGAUGAACCAGGUUCGAGAUCCGGACCUGCUGCACAUAGAUACCAAUGCCAUGGGAGCACUGGAGACUCUCAAGUUCCUGCAGGAGGAAGUCCAGAUAUUGUCAGUGAAAGCAAGGAGUUAUGCCAGCUACCAGGAGAGAUUUGGCAGCUCAUUGUCACACUCGAAGAAAGGUCUCAUUGGAGAAGAGUACAUGUAUAUGAACAUGUCAAAACGUGAUGAUCACAGUGCACAGGAGAUCCAGGCGGACCUGUCUGAGGUGGAACGUGACCUUACUCUGCGCCGUCUACUGUGGCAGUCACAAGAGGAAUGGACUAAACUGGUGGAUGAGUGGACAGCAACAUCGUUUGAUGCUCUGCCUGUAGAAACACUACAGAAAAAUGUCAACAGAUACUCCCAGACCGUGUUCAUGUUAGAGAAAGGUUUACCACACAACGAGGUUGUGCCUCGGCUGAAGGAGAAAGUGAUGGACUUCAAGCAAGGCAUGCCUGUGAUUACAAGUUUGAGGAACCAGUUCCUUAGACCUCGACACUGGCAGCAGAUUGAGAGACUGAUUGGUAAAUCAAUCGGCAAAGACAAGUCUUUCACCCUCGGCAGUCUGCUUGAAAUGAACAUAUUCAAACACAAGGAGAAGAUACAGGAUAUAUCGACUACAGCCAGUAAUGAGGCAACUCUAGAAAACAUGUUACAGAAGAUUGUGGAUUUAUGGAAGAACACAGAUUUUCGAUAUUUGGCCCAUCCUGGCAGAGACACUUUUAUUAUUGCUGGAGCAGACGACAUCAUGACCCAGUUAGAGGACAGUCAGGUUACCAUAGGAACCAUUAGAGGUUCAAGAUAUGUUGGACCAAUCAAGGCUCAAGUGGAGGAGUGGGAGAGGAAGUUGAAUAUAUUUGCAAAGACGUUAGAGGAGUGGAUGGCCUGCCAGAGAAACUGGUUGUACCUAGAACAGAUCUUCUCUACACCCGAUAUUCAAAAACAGUUGAAACCGGAGUAUCAGAUGUUUUCACAAGUGGAUAAAUCAUGGAAGGAUAUAAUGAGACAGGUACAAGACCGACCUAAUGCCAUGAAAUGUGCAACACAGACUGGUAUGCUAGAAACACUACAGUCAUGUAACGCCUCGCUUGAGAAGAUACAGAAAUGUCUUGAGGAAUACCUUGAUUCAAAGCGACUGUCCUUCCCAAGAUUUUACUUCCUCAGUAAUGAUGAGUUACUGGAGAUACUGGGUCAGUCAAAGGAACCAAAUGCUGUUCAGCCUCAUCUUGGUAAAUGUUUUGGUAACAUCAAGUCUCUAGAGAUUAAGACUUUACCCCGCAAUCCUCCUGCAGUACACUCAAUGAUGUCAGCUGAGGGUGAGGUAGUCAACAUGACCAGGAGUGUGAGAGCUAAGGGAGCAGUUGAGAUGUGGCUCAGUAAUGUGGAAGCCCAUAUGUUUGAAACUGUUAAAAGACAUCUGAAGUUAGGGUUGGCAGAUUGGCUGGGUAUAAAGUUAGAAGAAUGGGUCCUUAAACAUCCAGGACAAGUUGUUCUCACUGUGGCUCAGAUCAUGUUCAACAAAGAUGUGGUGCGGGGUUUUGAUCAAAGUGACCCAAAAGUGGCACUGAUUGAAGUUCUUAACAAGAUGGUUGAGUCACUAGGUCACCUAGCAGGGCUUGUGUCUACCUCCCUACAGCCAUACCAGACCAUGUGUAUAGAAGCUCUUCUCACCAUUGAUGUACACAACAGAGAUAUUAUCUCCAAUAUGAUCAAUGCUGGUGUCAUGGCCAAGGAUAAUUUUGAAUGGACAAAACAGCUGAGAUAUGAGUGGGAUGAGACCACUAAUAAUUGUCAGGUUUACCAGAGUAAUGCAUCAUUCCUGUAUGGGUAUGAGUACCUGGGGUGUUCCUCUCGUCUCGUUAUUACCCCAUUAACUGACAGGUGCUACCUCACACUGACUGGGGCCCUGCAUCUACAUCUGGGUGGUUCCCCUGCUGGACCGGCAGGGACUGGCAAAACUGAAACUGUCAAAGAUCUAGCCAAGGCAAUGGGUAAACAGUGUGUAGUAUUUAAUUGUUCAGAAGGACUCGACUACAAAAUGCUCGGCAAGUUUUUCUCUGGCCUCUCGCAGUCAGGAAGCUGGUGCUGUUUUGAUGAGUUUAACCGUAUAGAUCUGGAAGUGUUGUCUGUCGUCGCCCAGCAAAUUCUCACCAUAAAAACAGCAAAAGAUGCUGGAGCGCUGAGAUUUGUGUUUGAAGGGAAGGAGAUUAAAUUGAACCAUACCUGCGGGUACUUCAUUACCAUGAAUCCAACUUAUGCAGGCCGUGUAGAAUUACCAGACAACCUUAAGUCACUGUUCCGUCCAGUAGCGAUGAUGGUACCAGACUACUCUCAGAUUGCAGAGAUCAUGCUCUUCUCGGAGGGUUUCCGGGACGCUAAAUCUCUCUCCGGGAAGAUUGUUAACCUGUACCAGUUAGCUAGUAGACAACUCUCACAGCAAGAUCACUACGACUUCGGUAUGCGAGCUAUCAAGUCUGUUCUGGUUAUGGCAGGACAUGGGAGACUGCAGGCACAACAAAAGAAGCUGCAAGACCAUGAGGAGGCAGAUUUGAUAUCAGUGAAGCUGACAGAGAAAGAGGAGGCCUAUAUCCUCAUCCAUUCAUUGAGAGAUGCUAACCUUCCUAAGUUCCUGGCGGAGGAUGUUCCCUUGUUUGACAGUAUCCUAGCUGAUCUCUUCCCUGGUAUUGUACCUCCACAACCAGAUCAUGGUAUACUCGAGAAAGCAAUUUCUAUGUCAACAAGAGACCAGGGUCUACAGGUGUGGCCCCACCAGAUAGACAAAGUGAAGCAGAUGUAUAACCAGAUACUGGUCCGGCAUGGAGUGAUGUUGGUAGGCCCCACAGGGGGUGGUAAGACCACUGUGAGGUCCAUACUGCAGAAAGCCCUGGUACUCCUACCUACCAUACAACCUCAGGAAGAUAAAGAGGAGGGGAAAAAGGGUGUGUCGUAUGUGCACAACAGAGCAAAGAAAGGUCACUGUGACGUGUUUACUGUCAACCCAAAAUGUGUGAAACUGGGAGAACUAUAUGGGGAAACAGACCCCAACACCUAUGAUUGGACAGAUGGACUGAUUGCAAUGUGUGUCAGAAAAUUUACCAAGGAACUCACCAAAAUGGACCUUCCAGGAGUAGACGGUCGCCCUAGCACUAGUGCCUCAUCUGUUCCUGAUACAUCCAGGAGGUUAAUCAAGGCAAAAAAGUUUGUUAGAAUAUUAAAUCCUAACACUGGUAUGACAAAUGAAGUAGCGAUGGAUGCUGAGGGUAACCUUGAGAAAGACCACAGUGGUGGGGUUCUCACUGACUGGCGCUGGCUUGUACUUGACGGACCGGUUGAUACCCUGUGGGUGGAGAACCUGAAUACAGUGCUAGAUGACUCUAAGGUGCUGUGUCUUGCUAGCGGGGAGAGAAUCAGUCUGGCUCCAGGCAUGAGACUCAUCUUUGAGGUGGACAAUCUGUCACAGGCUAGCCCGGCAACCAUCAGUAGAUGUGCCAUGGUGUAUAUGGACCCAGUAGACCUUGGUUGGAAACCUUUUGUGAAGACCUGGCUUCAGCGACUACCUCGAGAAAUGCCGGAAAGUGGGAAGCGCCAUCUACAGGCUCUGUUUGAUUACAGUAUAGACAAGGGCCUGAAGUUCUUUCAGACACAUCACAAGUAUCAGUGUGUUCCGGCCCCAGAUAUGAACCUUGUCUCCUGUUUGUGUCAUAUACUGUCAGCGUUCAUAGAUUUUAUGAGCAAGCAUGGUGGAUUUGGUAACCCAGAUAAGGUUACAGCACCAAAAGAAGAUAAAGAGGAAGGUCAUCUAGAGACUACGGGUGACCGAGCUGAGAGUAGGACAUCUAGCAGGAGCUCUGGAAGAACUUCAAGGUCAAAAGGUCGUCGACGACAGAUGAAACGACCUCCAAAGAUUAAAGAAGAGAUGGGUACAAUACAGGAAUCUCAUCCCGCUAAAACAGCCAGCUUACCCAUCAAGACUGGCCCAGCUCUUGUCCAUGUUGCACAAUAUGCACUGAAAUGGAAAACAGCUGAUGUUAAUGCUUUAUCUGAAUUGGAAUCUUUUGAAGACUAUAUGGAGAAAUCAAUGAAAAACGUUGGCACAAAAGUUAAAAAAAAGUGGUUUAGUGCAGCGGGUAUGAAGGCGUAUUACCUGCAGAAAAACCCCAACAACCUUGUCAACAUUCUCGGCAAGCUGUUCGUGUUUGCGUACACCUGGAGUGUCGGCGGAAACUUCCGGCGUCAAGAGGACAUGGAUGAGGAUGACAUGGGGUCACGCAGGGGUCAGGAGAAAGCAGAAAAGGAGUUGAACAUUUGUAAUGAGUUUGAUAACUUUAUGCGAGAGAUGUUUGAAGUUGAACCACCACUAGGUGUAAGGUUACCGACAGGCAAUAGAACAAUCUACAGUUACUUUAUAGACAUGGAAUCUGGUAACUUUGUACCCUGGGAUGCACUUGUACCAUCUACCAAAUCUCUCAUUGAGAAAGGAGCAAUUAUCACCAUUGGUGAAACAAUGGGAGUAUCUAUGGACCAGAAGAAGACAGGUGGAGAUGAGAGUGAUAUAGUACCUACAGUAGAUGUGAUACGGUUCUCCUUCCUCACCAGUUUACUUUUACUCAGCAAACAUCCUGUACUUAUAACAGGUGAAUCUGGAGUGGGAAAGUCAGCUGUAAUCAACUAUGCACUGAAGAGACUGAGUAAAGAGGGCGGUACUUCUUUGAAGACAGGAACCAUUCUGGGCAGUAUUCUCAACUACUCGGAUAAAGGGACCUCACUGUUAGAAAACAUCAGCAACCUUACAAAGUGGGGCCAUGAGGAUGAUGAAGACAAGGUUGGCAUGGACAUACUGCUUGGUUCGAAACCAAAGACCUCAACGGGGAUCAUGAGUUCAAUGAUCCAGUUCUCGGCACAAACCACGUCAGCCAGACUUCAGGCUCAGAUCAAACAUAAUCUUAUACAGAAGGGUAGAAACACACUUGGUGCUCCAAAGGGUAGAAAGGUGGUAAUGUUUGUGGAUGACUUGAACAUGCCAGCCCCUGAGGAGUAUGGAGCACAACCUCCACUAGAGCUGCUGAGGCAAUUUCUGGAACUGAACGGCUUCUAUCAUACAGAGAAGAAUGCUUGGAAGGAAAUCAUGGAUGUGACAGUGGUAGCUGCCUGUGGUCCUCCUGGAGGAGGCCGUAACCCAGUCAGUCCAAGACUUCUGAAAAACUUCUGUAUGUUUGCAUUUCCUCAACCGUCUACACGCUCCCUGCAGCAUAUUUACCAGGUACAGCUGGGACGAUUCUUGCAGGAUGGAGAUUUUGCGCAAGAAGUUACUGAGUGUUUAUCUCCCCUUGUGAAUGUUUCGAUUUCACUGUACUAUUGCAUGUGUCGUAACAUGCUACCUACACCUGCAAAAUCUCACUACACUUUCAAUGUGAGGGACCUCUCUAAGGUGAUACAAGGAAUGUUACAGGCUCACAACACUGUUGUGGUCAGCAAGGACAAUUGUGCCCAGUUGUUUGCUCAUGAGGCCACUCGAGUGUUCCAUGAUAGACUUGUAUGUGCUGAAGAUAGGAAUUUGUUUUUCCAGUUCUUGGCUGAUAAUCUCCAUGAUUACUUCAAGGUAAAAUGGUCAGCUGAGCAACUGAUAGAAGAGCAUGUAAUCUUUGGUGAUUUCUUCGAUGUUGAUGAUCAGUCACAUGCUCGUAUUUAUCGUCCAAUCGUAGAUCAGAACAAGAUACGGCAAACCCUUGAGGAAUUCUACAUGAGAAUGAACUUUGGAAACACCAAGAGUGUUGAAUUUGAAAAUGAACAAGGGGCAUCACAGAUGGUGUUUUUCCGAGAUGCUGUUGACCAUAUAUGUAGAGCAGCCAGGAUCUUCAGCCAGCCUGGUGGACACAUGCUACUGGUUGGCUUAGAUGGUUGUGGCAAGUCAACUAUAGCCCACCUGGCCAGUUUUAUAGCAGGCUGUGAGCUGUUCAAGCUCACCUUACAGAGGGGGUACGGUAUGAUAGAAUUCCGCGAUGAUCUCAAGAAAGUCUUUCUACAGACUGGUGUCAAAGGAGAAAAGAUGAUUUUCUUACUCACAGAUGCUGAUAUUGUAAAGGAGAGUUUCCUCGAGGAUAUAAACUGUAUCUUGAACUCGGGAGAGGUCCCGGACCUGUUUGACAAUGAGGAAGUGGAUGGUAUCACUAUGGACCUGAAACAAUCAGCUACCCAGGCUGAUAUACCUGAUACACGACAGGCUGUCUAUAACUACUUCAUACAGCGAGUUAGACAGAACUUACAUGUAGUUCUAGCUCUUAGUCCUGCUGGUGGGCGGUUUCGACAGCGUUGCAGGAUGAAUCCUGCUUUGAUCAACUGUUGUACAAUAGACUGGUAUGAUGAGUGGGAUGAGGAGGCCAUGCUUAGUGUUGCUCAAGUGUUCUUUGAGAAUGCAGAAUUUAUAGCUGACAAAGAUGUUGACAUACAGGAAUUGAAGACCAAAGUUGGAGCUAUGUGUGUAGACAUACACAAAAGUAUCAACAUUAUGGCUGUGAAGUACUGGGAUGAAAUGAGACGUCAUUAUUACUCCACACCCAGCAGCUACAUGGAACUGAUCAGAAUAUAUUCCAAAAUGCUGAGAGAAAACAAAACAGAGUUUAUGGAUAACAAAAACCGGCUUCUUGUUGGAUUAUUUAAACUAUCAGAGGCAAAUUCUUUGGUUGGUGUUAUGCAGGACGAGCUUGUUCAAAUAGGACCUCAGAUUGUACAGAAGCAGAAGGAUACUGAGGUAUUGUUGGAACAGCUAGAGAGGGACGCCAAGGCUGUGAAUGAAGUGAGAGCUAUUGUAGAACAUGAGGAAUCUAUCAUGAAGAAGGAAACACAGAUUGUACAGAACUAUUCAGAGGAGUGUCAGAGUGACCUUGAGUCAGUGAUUCCUGCACUGAAAAUGGCUGUAGCCUCACUAGAGACUCUGGACAAAGCCUCAAUAUCAGAGAUCCGAGUUUACAUGAGCCCCCCAUACCUUGUUGCCACAGUCCUCAAUGCUGUCUGCCUGCUUUUCCAGAAGAAGCCUGAUUGGCCUACUGCCAAAAUGAUGCUUGGUGAUCCAAACUUCCUAAAAAAAUUGUUACAGUUUGACAAAAACAGUCUCCCUGAUAGGGUAUUCCACAAGUUGAAGAAGUACACAAAACAUCCAGACUUUAACCCCGAGUCUGUAGGCAAGGUAUCUGUGGCGUGUAGGUCCAUCUGUCAGUGGGUGCUAGCUCUAGAACAUUAUAAUGAAGUGCAUAAGAUGGUAAAGCCGAAGCAGAAGAGAGUACAAGAGGCUCAGGAAGCCCUCAAACUGGCUCAGAACAGCCUUGCUCAGAAACAAGCUAGUCUGAACAAGAUUCAGGGACAUCUUAACACAUUGACAGAGAAAUACGAGGAAAGUGUGAACCAGCGAGAAUCUCUUAAACAACAUCAGAAAACUACAGAAUUACGGCUUAGUAGAGCUGGUAUACUCAUAGCAGCUCUGGCCGGUGAAAAGGUGAGAUGGGCCGAGUCAGUCAAUGAACUGGAUUUCAAGCUACAAGGUCUUGUGGGGGAUACGCUAGUGGCUGCAGCCAGUGUCUGCUAUAUUGGACCAUUCACUGCCAAGUACCGUAAACAGCUGAUCAAUGAGUGGGUGGGAAAAUGUAAGGAUGCAAGCAUUCCAAUCACCAAAGAUUUUGAUCUCAUCAAGAAUACAGUGGAUGCCCAUCAGAUAUUGAUCUGGCAAAAUGAGGGACUUCCAUUGGACACUCACUCUACAGCCAAUGCCAUUAUGGUGAAAAAGGGCAACAAAUGGCCCCUUCUCAUUGACCCUCAGGGUCAGGCUGCAGCAUGGAUACAACAAAUGGAGGGAUCCAAGCUGAAGGUUGUCACAGCAACAGAUCCAAACUUUAUCAGGACUUUAGAAUCUUCUAUCAGAGUUGGUGAAGCCAUGUUACUAAAGGAUGUAUCUGAGACAUUAGAUCCAGCUUUACGUCCUGUGCUAAUGCACGAGACAUUUAGACGUGGCGGAUUACUGGUCAUCAAACUUGGAGAUACAGAAAUUGAAUAUAACCAAAACUUCAGAUUAUACAUGACAACUUCGAUGUCAAACCCUCAUUACCUACCAGCAGUAUACAUACAGUCUAACAUCAUCAACUUCACCGUCACGUUUGAGGGCUUGCAAGAACAGCUGCUCUCGGCAGUUGUCAAACAGGAGCGACCUCAGCUUGAGGCCCAGAGGUCUGAGUUAUUGGAGAGUAUUACCAAUGAUUUACAGUUCCUUCGUGACCUUGAGGAUAAAUCACUCGGACUUUUACAGAAAUCUGAAGGUCAUAUUUUGGAUGACCAAGAUCUAGUAGAGACCUUACAACAGAGUAAAGGUAUGGCAGCAGAAAUCUAUGAGAGAAUCAAACAGUCUGAGGAGAUGGAGAAAAAACUGAACUUAGCCAGGAAAAGAUACCUACCGGUUGCAACUAGAGGUUCAACCUUGUAUUUUGUACUUGCUGACCUGUCUGGUAUAGAUGUGAUGUACCAAUUUUCCCUGGACUGGUUCCAGGACAUGUUUACUGCAGCUAUUAGUGGUAACAUGUCAAUCAAGAGCCAGCAGAGACGACGGUCCUCCGCUGGUGUACCGCUGGUUGGAACCCCUCGCAGAACCAGUAUACAACAUUCAGGUAGAAAGCCGUCCAUUGAUUCUGAUGCUGGACCUGUUAGAAGACCAAGUGUUGACAGAAGAAUGCAAGAAGAUAGUCGACGACCAAGUGUCCAGAGAAGAAAGUCUGUGGUAGUGGAGAAAGAACAGCCUAAACCAGAAAACCCACUAGAGUUGAAGAAACAUAUGUUGCAGAUGAUAAACAUGUUGACAUUCAGUAUCUACCGUGUAGUAUCAGUGGCAUUAUUUUCCCGACAUCAGUUGACAUUCAGUACCAUGUUAGCUACCAGUAUAAUGCGAGCGAAUGACAAGUACGAUGAUAUUGCAAAUGUUGGAACGAUCUCUGGGUUUGAAUGGAUGGUGUUCUUACAGGGAAAUGUCCUUGCAAACAUGAUGGAUGAAAAACUGCUCCAAGAACAUGAUGGUCUAAGUCCAAUGGAGAGGUUAGAAUCUCAGGCACAAAGUGGAGACAAAGAUUCCAAUAAGCACCUGACUCCACCACGUUGGAUCUCAGACUCCAUGUGGCGACAGUGUCAACAUCUAGAUGCCACUUCAGCAGCCUUCCACAAUUUGUGUCGGAGUAUCAUGAGUAAUUACAAGCAGUGGAAAUUAUUUGAGACCUGCGAGCAACCGUACGAAGUGAUGAAAGAUCCAUUUGAUCCGAACUCAGUAAAUCUAGAUGCAGAUGACAAGCACGAGGAAGAUGAUCAUGGGAUCACAUUAUCAUGGGAAUCACUAACACCAUUCCAACGUUUGAUUUUAAUCAAGAUUCUGCGUCCUGACGUUCUCACGGCAUCAUGUUGUCAGUUUGUAAAGGACAGUAUCGGAUCAAAGUAUCUCUCUGCUGGCUCAUUUGAUCUCAAAGAAAUUUAUGAGGAAUCUUCUGCUAAAACACCACUUAUAUUUAUUCUCUCCCCAAGUUGUGACCCAGGUGCUCAGCUUCUGAGAUUUGCGAAGGAACUCAGAGGUAGCACCCUUCAUUUGGAUAUGAUCUCACUGGGGCGUGGUCAGGGCCCUAAAGCUGAGGAACUGAUAGCAAAGGCCCAGAUAUUGAAGGGACGCUGGGUGUUCCUGCAAAACUGUCAUCUAGCAGCAUCAUGGAUGCCACGGCUUCAGUCCCUUGUUGAAAAAUAUAUACAGCUAGUAAACUUAGAAAUUAGGAUUCAGGAACAAAAGCUCAGGAGGAAAAGUUUUAACCGACCCAACAAUGAUGACAUUGAUCCGCAGUUCCGUCUGUGGCUGAGCUCAAAGCCAGAUCCAAGUUUCCCUAUUUCUAUACUACAAACUGGGAUGAAGAUGACGGUAGAGCCUCCACAUGGCCUAAAGUCAAACAUGUUGAGAGCAUACGGCAGUGGUGGUACAGGGGUGAUCAGUGAAAAGAUGUUUGAGGACAUGAGUAAAGGACAUGCAUGGAAGAAGUUACUGUUUGGUCUGUGUCUCUUCAACAGUGUUAUACAUGAGAGGAAAAAAUAUGGAGCUCUAGGAUGGAACAUUGCUUAUGAGUUUAAUGACUCAGAUUUGGAGGUAUCUAUCCUGCAACUGGAGAUGUUGUUGUCUGAACAUAAAACUAUACCCUGGGAGGCCCUGUCUUACCUGAUAGGUGGUGUCACAUACGGGGGUCGUGUCACAGAUGAAUGGGACUACAGAUGUUUACAUGCUCUCCUGGGCCGAUUUUUCUGUCCUGAAUCACUGGAACCAGACUACAGCUAUUCUCCUAAUAAGAUUUAUCAACCAGUGAAGGACUCUAUGGCGUUUGCAGAUGUUGUAACCUAUGUUGAAUCCCUACCUAACUAUGACUCUCCUGAUAUAUUUGGCAUGACUGACAAUGCUGAGAAAGCUUGCAGAGAAAUACAGGCCAAAGAACUAAUCAAUACCAUUGUCAGUGUACAGCCAAGGCUCUCUAUGAAUGUUAUGGGAUCUGAGAAGAGCAGUGAUGAUAUAGUACGAGAUCUAGCCAAUGACAUUAUCCGACAGUUACCAGAAACGGUGGAGGAGCUGGCAGAGGGAGAUGUGAGAGCUAGCAGUACUGGCUCAACACUGUUCCAGAUACAAGUUAAACAUAUACUUACCCGGGAACUUCCUGACUUCAGAGAUAAAGAGAAAAAUAGAUUGUUACAAUCUGCUGUGGAUGCGGUGAUGAGUAACUCAGCCUUGGUGACUGUAUUACGUCAGGAGAUAGACCGCUUCAACAACCUCCUCAGUAUUAUACAUACCACCAUGAAAUCCCUUAUCCUCGCUAUCAAAGGGGAGGUAAUCAUGUCUGAACCACUUGAAGAAGCCUAUAAUGCUCUGCUGUCACAGGGGGUACCACAGAAAUGGAAGACUGCCUCCUAUGAAUCCCGAAAGCCUCUAGGGUCUUGGAUCCAGAACCUGUACAUGAGGGUGGACUUCUUUGCCCAGUGGGCUGAGAUGAUGCUGAAUACAGUAGAGAAACUGAUGAAACCGGUGCUCGGAUCCAAGAACCCGGCAGCUGAAGUGGACUUUAAGGAGAUACCAAGGUGUCAACCAUACAGCUUCUGGUUGUCAGGAUUCUUCUUUCCUCAAGGCUUCCUGACUGGUGUUCUUCAGAGUCAUGCCAGAAAGCUUGGUAUACCAGUUGACUCUCUACAGUUUGAAUUUAAAGUACAGAAGACACAUGAUACAGUGGAGUCACUCAGUGAUCUUAAGGAGAAAAUCAACAUUAAAGAAGUUGCAUUUAAGGGUAAUCAGCCACCAGAAGAUGGAGUGGUUAUAUUUGGUUUAUUUAUUGAUGGUGCAAGAUGGAAUUUGGACUUGGGUUGUCUGCAUGAUUCUCUCCCUGGACAGAGGUUCUCAAAGCUACCAGAGAUACACUUCAAACCUGUGCAGAAGCAGCCUACAAGAGCAUCUACACAUGCUGAAGACCAUGUACCAACACCAGAGAAACUGUCAGAGAGUAGUGAUCAACCUGUAUUUGUGUACGAGUGUCCCCUGUACAGAACCUCUGAGAGGGCGGGGACACUCUCCUCUACCGGACAUUCAACAAACUUUGUUACUGCUGUUAAUUUACCAUCUGACCAUGAUCCACAUUUCUGGGUGAUGAGAGGUGUGGCCUUACUCUGUCAGCCAGAUGAAUAAUUUCAAGAUUUAUAUAUUUCUGUAUAAUAAAGACUUUAUUAUAAGUAAAGGUUGGAUGAACACAUUUACAAAGGUGCUUCUUUAAAUUUGCAGCAGUUGAAUACCUGUUACAAUUUACUUAAGACUUGAUUUGUGUUUUGGUUGGCAGGAGCUGGGGGCAGAUAACUGGCUACAGAGGAGUUUUUAGGGGAUUAAUAGGGGUUUCAGUUUCAGAUAUGGAGUGAAGAUGGACCAUGAAGUAUUAUUGUACAUAAAUCAAGAGCAUCUUUACACCAGUAUUUCUGCACAAAGUUUUGUUUGUUCAUUUCCGUUAUUCAGUUCUGCACAAAAUGAGAAUGUUUAUAUUGUCUGUACAUACAGACUUUGUUUCCCCCAAAUGUAUUUGUAGGAUGUCAUUUGUGCUUGAAGAAUCAUUAUACCUGAAUUGUAAUGCCUUUUAUGAUAAAACGAGAUUUUUGAAGGUUCAGCAGUAUGUAUACAUUGUAUCAUGUGUCUCAGAUCUUUACAAUGAUGCCGUCCAGAAUAUUUUAUAGAUAAUAGAGACAAGACACAGUUGUGAUGAUUUAUACGUUCUUUGCCUAAAAAUAUUUCAAACUUUUUAUUGUGCAUUUUAUUUGACCUGGCUGGGCAGAGUUAAUCUCUGACUUACGCAAAUAAUGGUAAUCUCAAAACACAAGCAAAAUAGGUAGAGCAAUAUAAUUGUUUAAUUCCGUAUUCAACGACUGAAAUUCAACGCUACAUUGGUUACAAUGUAAGGUAGAUGGCCACCGAAUAAGAAAUCAGGUUGCCGAAUAUACUACAUAUCCUGCACAAUAAUGCAGUGGACCAUCACGAAACCCCACCCUGCCAGGUCGAUUAAAAUGCACAAUAUGUAUAAAAUAAACGUCCAAAAACGUAGAUUUCUUAAAAAAAAAAUGCCAAAACUGUGAUAAUUUAUACAUUCCUUGUCCAAAAAUAUUUUUUUAUUUGACCUUUAUAUUUAUGUUUCAUAGUAUACAUAUAUGUAACUCUGUGAUAACAUGUUGACUGCUGUGUAAUAUUUAUUUUUUUGUUGUAAAUUGAAUUUGUUGUACAUUUUUUUGUAUUUUUGUAUGAAUAUACAUGUAAAUUUACUGCUGUAUUGACAACAGAGUAACAUAAAACUUUAAUUUAUGCAAUAUUAUUUUGUUUCCUAGAAAGACUGCUGUUAUUGAUUGAUAUUUUAUAUUUAAGAAAUAAUAAUUUUGUUUCACUUA